AUGACGAUAAAGCGAAAGGCAGAAAAACAGCAACCGGCUGGUCCCGUUAGCGCCGUCGCUGCUUUGGCAGCGCGCAGAGCUCGGCAACAACAAGCUCCAAGCGCAAAUGUACCAAAGGCUACCCCGAAGCCUAUAGUUCAUAGCGAACCGCCCUCGAAAAAGCCGCGACGAUCUCUUGAACCAGCUGAGACUGUUGAGACAAACGGAGAUCGCCGUACUUCACGAACAAGGGCAGCCAAGAAGCAAGAUGAGCCAUUGCCUGUAGAGAGUUUACCACAGCGCCCAAACAGAGUCACUCGGUCAUCCAAAGUGGAGACACAGCCCGAAGUGAACAAUGCUCUCGAGGAUGAGCAGUCUGUGGAAGACACAGCUGAGAACGUGGAGAUGGACGAGAACGAGGUUGCGUCUGUUGUGGGUGAUGCUGAUGGCUAUGAGUCUCCCGCAGAAACACCUGCAGAAUUGCAAAACUUUACUCUAUCAAAGGCUCGGCUCGACAAAAACAGCAUAGUCUACAGUGAUGAAAGCACUCUGUGCAUUCGCCUUCAAGAAAAGACGACCUUGGCCUUGUUAGGACACUAUGAUCUCUGGGUCAAAAGAGGCGUUGUUAGUCUGAUGGGUGCUAAAUUGCAUCCCUCCUCAAAGUUGCAUCGAGUUUAUGCCCCUUCAACGCAUUCAUUGCCAGUCAUUAAAUGUGUCUCUGGUAUUGAUGGAGAGGCAGAAGUGGAGAUUACGUCUUGCAAUAGCGGAAUUGCCCGCCUUCGUGAGCUUUCCCCUCUGUAUCAAAGGAUAUGGACUGGCGAAAAUACUGCCGCGGAUAAACUUACUCUGAAAGGUGUCGGCAAAGACACUAAGCGGACUUUCUCAGUGUUGUACACAUCGGCAGAUGAUUCCUUGAACAGACAUCUCCGACCCCUUCAUCUCGAUAAAAAAUGGAGUGCCUCGAUGAAUGCCCUUCUUUCACAACGUCAAGGUCGACUUCGCGUUCUAGUCUGCGGUCCAAAAGCAUCGGGAAAGUCUACUUUCAGUCGCUACUUGCUGAAUCAUGCGCUCAGCCCGACACCUGAGACUGAGGGCGGAUAUGUGAAUACUGAUGGGGUCGCUUUCCUGGAUCUAGACCCAGGUCAGCCUGAAUUCGCCCCCAUGGGCCAGGUCUAUCUUGCACGUCUCCACAGUCCGUUCUUCGGUCCGCCUUUCACACACCCAUCGCUGGACAACUCUCACCGCGGUGAGAUAGUGCGGGCGCAUCAUAUUGGUGCAACAUCGCCCAAAGAAGAUCCUGAUCAUUAUGCACUGGCCGUUAUGGAUCUUAUGGACCAAUACCGCUCAUUGCUGGAGAAGCAUCCGCAAUGUCCUCUCAUCAUUAAUUACCCUGGCUGGAUCUUUGGGCAGGGGUUAGAGGUCGCAACGUGGCUGAUUAGAUCCCUUGGUCUCUCCGAUGUCGUCUACAUGAGCGAGAAGGGCCCAUCGGAGGUCAUAGAACCCUUGGGCCUGGCAGCCCGUGAGGCUCGUGUCCCCAUGACAAUCCUGCCCUCCCAGCCCACUGAUUUUGUGACUCGAUCAAGCGCUCAACUACGAGCGAUGCAGAUCCAGUCAUACUUCCACAUGUCCCAUCCGGCCGACCUGAGCACUUCGCUCUGGUCAGAUGAACCACUUUCUCGCACAAGGCCUUUGACUGUGAACUAUUCUGGUACGCGUCAAGGUAUUCUGGGGAUCAUGGUCAUGGGAUCUCAGAUUCAUCCCGAUCUGUUGCAAGAGACACUAGAAGGGGCCAUUGUGGGGGUUGUCGCAGUGGAAUCAUCGAGUGCCCUCAUGGGCGGAAUGGUGCCGCCUGAAGCAUCAAACAACGAAGAUCACGAGGCUGGGUCAGAGCUUGAUGUUGACAUGGACUUAGAGAAGCCAGCUUCGGGUGGCUUCAAGCACACAAUGGCUGACAGCAUUAUUCGAACACGUGAAGAUUUACCGUACCUCUUUGUUGGCUCUGGCAGCUGCACCCCACUGGAUCCCAAAGCGUCUCAUUGUCUUGGUUUGGCUUUGGUUCGCUCGAUAGAUACUUCCUCACGCAGGCUUGAACUCUCCACCUCCAUUCCUCCAUCUCACAUACAAAGCUCUAUUGAGGAAGGUCAUAGCCUCGUUCUGGUCCGCGGUCAGCUGGAUAAUCCGAACUGGGCUAUCAGCGAAGAAUACUAUGCCGCACGUGCUGCAGAGCGGCGCUAUCAACUGUCGACAUCUGGGUCGAAGAAAGCUGGCGAACUUAAUGAACAGGCACGUCCUUCUGACUCGUCUAAUCACAACCGAACGCUUGCGCUAUUGCGCGAGAGAGUACGACGAGCGAGCAAUGUGCCUUGGAUGACUGUCGUGGAGGAUAACAGUCGCCAUCAGCGUGAAGCUACUGCACGAGAAAAGUCACUCUGGAAGUUACGGAAGAAGGCAUACCAUGGAAGCGAAAAUGAAGCUGACUAUUAG